UGUCUUGAUUUUAUUAAUUUCGAUUGUGAUAUUAUAGAAUUUAUUUUGGAAUUUAUAUACGAAAAAUUAAUAAUAAAUGAAUAACAUUUUGUCGAAAGUAUGAUUCUUGAUAAAAAUAUUUAAUAAUCUAACAGGAAGAAAAAGAAUUGAAUGGAAGAUUUAGAUCCUCAAUUAAAACGACUUUUACUUCCCGACGAUGAAACAGUAUUUGAACAAUUUAUAAGAUAUGGAUUGUACGUAGCUGCUGUUUUUCAAAUGAUAUGUUUAGCAUCCUUAGUAUUUUAUACCUCGGGAUCUUCUGAUGGAGUGACUGCCUUAAAGGAUGAUCCAAGUGAUGUUGAAUGUUCGGAAAAUAGUCCGCAAGUUACACCCAGAAGGCCUCAUCGACCAAGAAAACAGGAGAAAAAGAAAAGACGUUGAGAUAUUACUGUAGAAUUUUGACAAUAAUUUCAUUUAAAUGUUAGUAUCGUAAAUUUUUCAUUUUCAUCAUUGUACUAUUUAUUCCAUUAAUUAUAAGACUGUUUCGACUACUGUUUUUAAAUGCAUUUACAAAUAAAUAUUAAUGCAAAUUUUUUAUAAAAA